AUAAUUAACACUAGGUGGAACUACAUUCGCGCGAUAUCUAACCAUUUGGAUUCAGUUCCUACUCGCAAAAUUACGAAGGUCCAAAUAAAAGUUUUUCCUUUUUUAUUUUUAUAUUAUUCACUCUGAAACGUUGUUAGAUUUCUACGAUAUGUUUCGAUAAAUCGUAAUUGCGAUUUACGACAGAGGUAAAUGGAGAGUUGUCAAAUGCAGCGCAACGCAAUCAUUGCAUCUCAAAGAUGGACAAAUUGCGACUACUGCCAUUGGAAUUGCCAUCGGCCACCAAUAUAAAUAGUAAUGGAACAGUUAAAGGAAAAAUAUCAUUUGUCAGAAGAUUAGCAGUUGGAUUUAUAAUUUUGGCUACAUUAGGCUUACUAUAUGUACCAGCGUAUCAUUCUGCCCAAGGUUCAUUUUUAGGCUUAGGUGAGACUCCAUCUCCUGCAAAACACAUUGGUGUUUCACAUUUGGUAGCCUCAGUAGCACAAUUGCCAGGAUGGGCAUAUAAUACUUCAAGGGAUCUUUGUGUAUAUAUUCAUCCAGAAAAUACAACUUCAGUUUUAAGUCCUAAUGAUAUAUGUUCUCCAUCACCAUAUCUUUUCAUAGUUAUUUGUUCAGCUAUUACAAAUGUUAAGGCUCGGAUAGCUAUGAGAAAUACUUGGGCUAACAAAAAUAAUUUAAAUAAUACAUACAAUUCAACUGUGAAAGUAGCAUUUUUGUUGGGACAAAGUGAUAAUGAUACACUUAAUAGUAUGAUAGCUGAAGAAAGCCAUCAAUACAAUGAUAUUAUUCAAGAAAAAUUUUAUGAUACUUAUAACAAUUUAACAUUAAAGUCUGUAAUGAUGUUGAAAUGGGUAACAUCAAAUUGUGGCCAAGCAAAAUAUCUCAUGAAAACAGAUGAUGAUAUGUUUGUAAAUAUUCCUACUUUAAUGAGAACCUUACAAUCAAGAUCACAAACUACUAAUACAUUGUUAGGUUCUCUUAUCUGCAAUGCCAAACCUAUUUUAGAUCCAAAUAAUAAGUGGUAUACACCAAAAUAUAUGUAUUCUGAAAGAAUAUAUCCUAAUUAUUUAUCUGGUACUGGAUAUGUAAUGAGUUUAGAUGUGGCAUUUAAAUUAUAUCAUGCAGCAUUAAGAACACCAUUACUUCAUUUGGAAGAUGUUUACAUUACUGGUCUUUGUGCAAAGCAUGCAAAAGUACGACCUAUAAAUCAUUCUGGAUUUAGUUAUGUUCCACGUAAAUUGGAUCCUUGCACAUUAAGAAAUGCUAUUACUGCACAUAAAGUGAAUGUGUCUAGUAUGUAUGUUAUAUGGAAGAAAUUGAAUGAUACAAACCUCUCUUGCAGUACUCAUUCUCAUAUUGCUAAGAAAUCAGUUACACUAAACAGAAAUGGUAGGAACAUUGGAUACUAUAUAGUGAAGAGAAGAACUAACAAGUGUGUUUAAAUUAAUGAAAUUUUUAAACAUUAGAUCAUUUAUUAUUAUUUACUAUUUCUUAAAUCAAAAUAAUACUAACUAUUCUGUUAUAAUAUUAUGAUAAAAUAUCUUACAUUACAAAACAAAAUUGUACAAAAAUUAUUAAUGAAGAGAACCUUUUUUUUAAACUAUGAUAAGAGAUUAGUAAUUGAUGUUUAAAUAAAGGUUUUUAUUUUUUCAUUUGAAUAACAAUAGCUUUUAAGAAAAAUAUUGUCAAUUAG